AUGUCAUCACCAAUUGGUAAGUCAUCAUCAGUUGUUAAAGAUGAAACAAAUUCAUCAUCAUCAUCACUAACAACAGCAUUGUCAUUAACAGACCAAUCAUUAGCUAGACGACAUUUAUGCUCUACUAUAAUAUUUGCUCGACGUCAUUUAUUACCGAUUUAUCCGAAACCGGAUAAUAUGACUAUGUGUUUUCCAUAUCACUAUCAAUUACAAUCAACUGAUGCACAUUGUGGUGAUUUUUUAUCAAGAUUACCACCACCACCAUCAUCAUCAUCAAUAUCGUCAGCAAUGAGAACGAUUAAAGCUACAGCAACAGAUCAACAUCAACACCAGGAUGAAUUAAAUAAUGUGGAUUAUUAUCAUUACACACAAUAUAAAGCUAACCGAAUUGCUAGACGAGUCUUUCUCACUGCUGCCAGAGCAUUGCUUACUUGGCAAAGUGAAGAAAUUUUUGAUCGUUAUGAUCCGAUUCCACCGUCUACGUUUAAUGCGAUUUCAUUUAUUGAAUCAGAAAUUAAUCGAUUGGAUGCACCACUGGCUACAUGGUUUCGAAAUCGAUUAUGUUUGCUACUUUACUCAUCAAAUGAAACAUCUAAUGUACAUAGAAUAACUAAGAAUAAUAGUUGGAACAUUUCGUUAUCGAAUCAAUUACCAACAGUUAUUAAACAAUCAUAUGCUACACCAUCUAAUACUGAGGCCCUAGCUUUAUCAUCCACAUCAUCAUACAUAACAUGUCCAACCUAUAACAAAAACAUCAGUAAAAUAGAAAAAAUUAAUCGAAUGGAUGAAGCUAAUUCUUCUAAAGAUAUAUCAAGUCAACAACAGCGAUAUGAACAACAAGGUGCUUAUAAUUCACUACAUCCACUAGAUGAAGAGUUAUCUUUUAAGAACACUUCUUUCUCUUCUAUAAAAAUACCACCGAUCCCACCACCAAGAAGAUUAACUAUCAGUAAUUCUGAAUUAUUAAUUGAUUAUAAAAAAGAUUCUACUAGAUCUGAGAAAGAUAACAAUAUUAAUGGUCUUGCUGCAACUGUUAAUAACGGUGAUGAUGAUGAUGAUGAUGAAAGUGAAAAUACUAAAAAGAUUAAAGCUCAGAUUUUAAAAUCAUCAUUUGCUCGAAUUGCACUGGAACCAGCGUAUGAUCUGGUUGCUUUGUCUGAAUCUGGUAACUAUAGUAGUGUAAGUGAAUUUGAAGAUGAUGACGACGAGGAUGAUGAUGAAAAUGAAGGGGAAGACCAACAACAGCAACAACAAAAUAGUUUAAACGAACCAAUUUAUACAGGUCGAUCACUUGGUUCCGAAGCUGAUUUACAAUUUGAACAAGUUACUGUCUUAAGAAAUGCCUUAACACGUUCUACACAUCAAUUAAAACCUUUGUUGCCAAUACCUGGUCUGUCAUUUGUCAUGAGUUCAUUUCAACAAACUAAAAAGUUACCUAAUUCAGAUGAAUAUUAUGAAUCAGUCGAUUGGAUACGUGGUCCUAUUCUAGGUCAUGGUGCAUUUUCACAGUGUUAUCAAGCACGUGAUGUUAGAACUGGCCUACUAUUAGCUAAGAAUAAAGCAUAUCCAUCACAAAUACGUCAGCAAAAUGACCAUAAGAACGAACCAAAUUGUAACAAUAAUGAUAAUGACAAUAAUAAUAAUAAUAAUAAUAAUAAUAAUAAUAAUAAUAAUAAUGGUCAACAAAAUCCAAUUUACCAUCGUCCAUUAUCACCGACAUCUUUAAAUCAAUUAGCUGAAGUUGAAACCGAAGUACGUAUUAUGCUCCAGCUAGAUCAUCCUAAUAUUCUACGUUUAUUUGGUGCUGUGCAUUGCGUGAAACGUGGGUUCGUUGAUUUAUUUAUUGAAUGGAUGCCAGGGGGUAGUAUAACAAGUUUAUUACAACAAUAUGGAGCUUUUAAUGAAUCAAUUACGUUAAAUUAUGGUAUACAAUUAAUACGUGGUUUAGCCUAUUUACACAAACAUGGUAUAUUACAUCGUGAUUUAAAAGGUGCUAAUCUUUUAAUCGAUAGUACUGGAACUGUUAUCAAAAUAUCAGAUUUUGGAGCCUCAGCUCGUUUAAGUGGUGAACAAAGUGUUGCUGGUCAAUUUCAAGGACAAGUUAUAGGUACAUUUUCAUUUAUGGCACCAGAAGUACUUCGAGGUGAAACAUAUGGUAGAGCUUGUGAUAUUUGGUCUGUUGGUUGUUGUCUAGUAGAAAUGCUUACAAGUAAACCACCAUGGCAUGAUGCUAGAUUAACAAACCGUUUUGCUCUUAUGUUCACUAUUGCUACUUCCAACUCACCUCCUACAUAUCCGAAAGAUUUGACUACUGAUCUUAUCGCAGUUCUAGAUGCUUGUUUUGCACGUAAUCCAUCUGAUCGUCCAACAGCCAACCAACUAUUAACUUUCAAUGUAUUUGCACGCCUUAUAAGUCAACAGCAAUCAGUUACUGCAUUAGAACAAACGAAACAUGGGUUGAUAUCAUCUUCAGUACCAACAUCUCCUAAUGCAAUAAAAACGCAUAAAAACACUGAUAAAUCGUUAAAGUGUCAGAUAAACUCAAUGAAAUUCAGUACAAAUUCUUCAUUUAACUAUCAACGUUUAUUUAAAACAUUCCAGUCAAGUAAAGUUAGCUCUACACUGAAUGAUAAAAAUGUGACAGUAGUCGAAGAAGCGGAAAAUGAAGAGAGUGAAGAUGAUGGUGAGGGUUGUGUGGGUAGUUUUGAGAGUGAUAGUAAAGCUUUAGCCACAUCUACACAUCUUAAACAUAUUCAACAUCAUUCUGAUAAACAUCGUCUGCAAAAGCAGCAUAAUCAACAUUUUGAUGACGGUGGACUUUUGACUAGGCGAAGAAAGACAAGAAGACUAACUUUACCACCAUUAAAUUUUCAUAGAAAAUAUCAUCCGCAUACACCUGUUGUAUUCUCAUCCUUCAAAUAA